AUGGGAAAGGGCGGCAGAGGCGGGAAGAAGGAGGAAGGGGAAGCGGAAGCGGAGAAAGGGAGGCAAGCCAGCCGCGGAAGCAGCGACUCCAGGGACGACAUCUUGUGGCGCAUUCUCGACGACGCCAGGAGGGAGGAGCAAGAAUUUCCGUCGGGGUUCUGCAUGAAGAAUUGCGAAAGCCUCUCAGACAAGGACCUCAUGCGAUUAUGCAUUGACCACCGAGUGGAGGAUUCACGAGUCGACACUCUGAAGGACAUACGUCAGCGGUACGAAAGCCCUUCCGUCAAUUUGAAGGCAGCCGUUCUGAAGUGUCACGGGCGAGGUGUAGGCUACAUGACGUUCACCCAGGAUGUAGUCGCCCACGGCAGCCACUCCGGCCGCCCGUUGGACAGCCUCCUGUGGAUGUACCUGUCGCCCCGCCACAGGAGCCAGGGACACGCCACGCGCAUGGUGCGCUGGUGGCUGAGGGAGCACGUGCGCAGCGUGAAGUACUUCAACGUGGCGAACGCGAACGUGGGGAUGGGCCUGGUGCUUGGG